CUCCGCGAGAAGCGGACUCAGUUUCCCAAGUGGCGCUGCGGCAGCCAGUCCAAAGUCGUAUUUUCCUGGCCCACUGGCGGGUUUGAACCCGGUGGCGGCAGUAUAGCUAGCACAGGUUCGGCGUGAUGGUGCCGGUGUCUUGUAUUUGGGGAGGUCUCGACCAAGAUUCGGCACCUUCAACUCCUACCUGAUAUAUGCUUAUCAGGCCUCUCCUGGGCUGUGCAUCGGUUGUCUCGGCUGGAAGAGCAAGGACACAAGACGCCUGGGAGCCAGACCCCUGCCGCAAGUUAUGAGGAGUAGCCUGAGCUGGUCUGAGCAGCUCGACGCACUUCUCAAUGCUACGGAUGGAAAUAUGGCCAGGAUUAAGCAGCGGUUGUUUCCCCUUGGCGUCUCUGCUGCAGCAGGAGACCUGACUGGGACCUGGAUUUCCCCUCAUCACUUGCCUCCGCAGUCAGGAGUCCAAGCUCAACAGCCUUGGGCUCUAGAGACUCCCACUGUCCCAGAGAGGCUGAGCUGGGCUGAGGCCUAUAGCACAUCUUCUCUCUGGGAUGAAGUUACUAUUCUCAGAUCCCAGCUUCGAUCCCAGGCCCAGGUGAUUGGGGCACUAAAGCAGGCUGUGCAGGGCCUGCUGGAAGAGCGAGAGCAGCAGAAGUACCAGAUCUAUGCCCUGGAAGCAUCACUAAGGUUGCUGCAGGGGGGCCCAGAGCAGAGGGCUCUUCUGGAGCAACGCUUGGAGGGGCUGAGAAGGGAACUGCAGGGCCUUCGAGGCCAGGUGCAGGAACAGGCCCAAGCCCAAAUACAAACAGGACCACGAAAGUGCAGUGCUGCCAGUGGCCUUCACCUAGAGCUGCAGAAUGAGCGACAACUGCUUUGGGAGGAGUCAGAGAUUCUGAGGGAGGAACUGAAGUUGCUGCGGGACCAGCUAAGCCAGCACCAGGAGCUGCUGCUGAAACAUAUGGCAGAGGGGCGGCAAGCUCAGGCCCGCAGCUGGAAGGAUUCCAAGUGGGCUGAAGAGGCCAAUCAUGGAGAGGGAGGAUUCUCUUGGAGAGGGAGAGGUUUGGUUCUACCUGAGACCUUGGUAUGGCAGAUGUUGGACCAGCUGCAGAGUGGCCAGGAGAGCAAGGAGGCUACCAGAACAGAGGCCCAGGAUGCCCAGCGGGAGCAUGACCUUUUCAGGACCUCCAUUCACGUCCUCCAAUCUAAGCUGCCCCAGGGUGCCACCUUCGCCAUGUCUCUUUCUUCAUCUAGCUCUGAAGUCAGUCUUCUGGACAGUAACAGUAGCUGGGAACUUUUAAGGAAGCUAGAUGGAGGUCUCCAGAAGAGCACCCUUUCUAACAUGGAAUACAGCAGCUUUCAGCUCUAGGCCCAGAACCUUGAGCAGGAGGGCCUGUCCUUUGAGGGCCCCAAGAUACUCCUGGGUGACCUGUAAGGACUUGUAACAGUAGUGGGAUGAAGUCUUCUUUGCUCACCUUCCCAUCCAAGGCCCAGGUUCUGGGCCCGUGCUGCUCCCUCUUGAUCUAGCUGGUAUAUGCCCUCCCUACUGAGGCUUGUUACUACUUGCCCAUCCCUGCCCACUAACUGCAGUAAAACGGUUUAACUCUC